GAGAGGCACGCGGCGCAGCACGCCGUCGACUUUGACCGCCGACGAGCUGCUUCUGCUGCCGCUAGCUAGCUGCUGCUCGCGAUCCCUCUCCCAUCCCAUCCCGUCCCAGGCACUGCCCUAGCUCUCACGUCGGUCAAACCUAACCGUACCCCUCCCCAGCCAUGUCCACACGAUCGACGAUCUGUUCUGGUCCAUAUAUGCAGCCACCAGCCCAGCAGCCGAACGAGUUCUGCCUUCGCCUGUGUACACACACCGGUCAUCUUCUAGCUCAAUCCUAUUCCUACCAUCUCCAGUGACCCUAUUACCAUAUGGGCGGCGGCGGCAAUGGCUGCGUCCUGGCGCCGUGCUUCUGCGGGGCGCUGCUGUCGCGGCGGCGGAAGGCGCGGCUGGUGCUGUGGGGCGGGGAGUGCCGGGCGGCCAGGCACGGCAAGCUGGCGGGGCAGGUGAUGCUGGAGGUGGCGGGCACCCUGGUGUGCCGCGCCGACGCCUUCUACCUGGGGCGGCCCGCGCCCGUGCUGGCCAUCGAGGACAGGCUCCUGGGCGGCGCCACCUACCUGGUGCUCCCCGUGGACCGCCUCCCGCAGGGCUACGACGCGCUCACCGCCGCGUCGCUGGCCGCGCUCUCCUACGGCAGAAGAGCUGCUGGAGGAGCCUCCUCGUCGUCGUCGCCGUCCAUCGCGGGAGGGCCCAAGAGUCCCUUCGAGUACGUCAAGGGCGACGACGGCCGCACGGUCAUCAAGGUCACGCCCGAGUUCCUCAUCGGGGCCAUCACGGCGAGCAGUGGGACCAAGGGCGACGGCGACGGCGAAAGCGGCGGCGAGGCGUGCGCCGGGGCGCUGUGCAGCACGCCGGAGCUGAGGAAGCACUACGAGCAGCUGGUGGGCGCCGCCAGGGGCCGCGCGUGGUCGCCGCGGCUCGACACCAUCAAGGAGCGCAAGGGCAGGAGGGGCCUCGCCCUUGCGGCGGUCAGCCCCGCCGCCGGCAGGCUGUCGCCGGUGGCCGUCGGCAGGCUACUCGGUCUGGUGGACGCCAAAGGCGACACAACCAGAUAGCGAUCGAUCCGACGACUGUAGCCUGUAGGUGUCGCCGCCGAUCAGCCGCGCGCCCGCCCGGCUGAGCGCUCAUAGAUCAAUUGCUUGCAAAAGGGGACCUGAUGAUGGGUUGGAAAUGGAACCUUUAAUUCCAACACAAGUCCAUGCUAGCAGCCUAGCAGGUAGCUAGCGAGUGCUUGCAUGCUUGAAGCAAUUGGAUGUGGAGGAAACAAUCGAUUCAUGGAGGUGUGCGCGCGUAGGGUAAGUUUGUAAAUUGUCAAAAUCUUGUGUUUGUUUGUAGGAGGAAAUUAAACUGUAUAGAUUAUUAUCUCGAUCUGAAUUAAUACAGGGCAGCUAGCAUGCAUUGCUCCUGUAUAGAUUAUCAUAUAUAAUGACUACUACUACUACUUUGGAGCGA